AUGGUGCACAAGCACGCCAAGCAGCUCCGCUGCGACGUCGUGAGACACCUCUGGAUGCCCCACCUCGUUGAACGCAUCCAGGCCGAGUACUCCGGCGGCGCCGCCGCUGCUGGUGCCGCCGGUGGUGUCCACACGGUGGCUGUGGCGGCUGCGCCGGCGAUGACUACAGCGCACGCGCCGGCCGCGUACCACCUCGGCACGUACGGCGGUCACAUGCAAAGCGCCGACGACGUCGUCCCGUCGAACAAGGACUACUACAGCUACAGCGAGCCGGGCCAGGUGGCGGCGCCGGCGGCCAUGAGCCCCGACGUCGCUUCCAGCACGCUGCGCUCGUCGAUGACGGGCGCUUGGCACGGGGCACAGCAUCAUUCCACCGCGUCGGCCGCGGCCCCGACGAGCCUUCUUGACCGAGGCAGCAUCGAGGAACAAAGCAACACCUCCCCGGCCCCAUCCGGACGCCCUCCACCUCCACUACCAAUGCUACUAGUUAGUUUUGGGCUCCUGUUGGGCUUGUGGCUGCAUGCGCUCGUCUCGGACAGAUGA